CGAAAGCAUAGCUGGCGAUUAAAUGAUCUGGGGUGAGUUCCCCGGUCGCGACAUGUUUUGAAAGUGCACGGCAAAGCUUAUUUCAUGCACAAUUUCAAGACGUGCGUUUUUCAAGAGUAUCACUAAAGAUAGCCUUCUCUACAAAUAACGGGGGUUUGAUCAUGACAAAGUCGUACUCAGAAGAGGGCAUGAUGCCAGAAUCCCAGGACGCAGCAGACUGGAAUGACGAGUGUCUUGGAUCACAGGAUGAAUGUGACAUGGACAAGAAAAACGGGGAACGUAUAGCGAUUGGGAGGAAUUGUGACCAUGUCUGUGAAGAUGCGAGUAGACUUGAAGAUGAUGAUGAUGAGGAGGAUGAGGAAGAGGAAGAGGAAGAGGAGGAAGAGGACGGUGACGACCAGAAACCUAAGAGGCGCGGGCCCAAGAAGAAGAAAAUGACCAAAGCUCGGCUGCAGAGGUCUAAAGUUAGGCGCGUGAAGGCUAAUGCGCGGGAGCGGAACCGCAUGCACGGGCUCAAUGACGCGCUGGAAUGUUUGCGCAAAGUUGUUCCAUGUUAUUCUAAAACCCAGAAACUGUCAAAAAUAGAAACACUGAGGCUUGCGAAAAAUUACAUUUGGGCUCUUUCCGAGAUCCUGCGGUCAGGUAAAAGUCCGGAUGUGAUGUCAUUUGUGCAGGCUCUCUGCAAGGGAUUGUCUCAGCCGACCACUAAUUUGGUAGCUGGGUGUCUCCAGCUUAACCCGAGAACGUUCCAUCCGGAACAGGGUCAGGAAUUGCCCUCCCACAUGCAGACAGUAAGUGCUUCUUUCCCUGCGCAUCCCUAUUCGUACCAAACCCCUGGUCUUCCCAGUCCUCCGUACGGUACAAUGGACAGCUCCCACAUCUUUCACGUCAAGUCAAGCUCCUACGCAAGUGCUCUCGAGCCCUUCUUUGAAACCCCGCUGACGGACUGCACGAGCCCCUCGUUUGACGGACCCCUGAGUCCACCAUUGAGCGUGAACGGGAACUUUUCUUUCAAGCACGAAGGAUCUUCAGACUUCGAAAAGAACUACGCUUUCUCCAUGCACUAUCCGGGCGCAGGUCUGGCGGGUGCGCAGGGUCACGCUUCUCUCUACGGAAGCUCGACGCAGCGCUGCGAGGUCCCCAUGGAAACAAUUACGUCAUAUGACGGCCAUUCUCACCACGAGAGACUCAUGAACGCACAACUGAACGCUAUAUUCCACGAAUAGUGUUUUAUUGUUGUUCAGAAACGUUCAGAGACUGAAUCGAUCAGUAUCGGGGUAUUUGUGACGCGAAAGUGCAGAUAUUACACGCGUAAACUAAUGUAUGUAUGGUUUCUACUGCCUUUAAAAGAACCGAGGAUGCAUAUUCCCAUUCACACUUGUAUUAUACUUUGAACUUCUGAGCAGGGCAGAAUGGGACAUUGAUGUGACCAUUUUCAGAAUGCAUAAAUCAUGUGGGUCAUGUAACAAAAUCACAAGCAAUAAUUUGGAAGCUAUGCAAUUUCUAAAUAAAUAACGGGCCAAUUAAUUAAAUGAAUAUAUAUUUUUUUCAACCAGCAUUUUACUACUGAUCGAUCUCAUACUGGUUGGCAUACUGAAUUAUUAUAUCGUGAUUUUGUACAUAAUUGUUAUUUAAACUUUAUAACCUCGAUUAUCUGUUUUAUUCCAUGUUGCUUCAUUAAUGUUUUAUAAAACGCAGCUGUAUUUCUUGGUAACACACAACAGUAAAUUGUGAUAAAGACAUGUAUUAAGUGGACAGAUUUAUAAAAUGGCCUGAUGCCUUGGUACUUCUUUAACUGAUGCAAGGUUGCACAACAUCUCAAUAUCAGACCCUACAAAACUGAUCAAAAUGUCCUGAAAAGGAAUAAUUGCAUAGGCUUUUAGACAGGGCAUUAAAUGUUCUACUGUCCCCAGAAAUAUGCAUCCAGUAUGUUUUUGUCAUUUGUCUUUUUGUUCACGACAGGCUUCCUUUUAAUACAACGUGGUUAUAAAUGAAGUAGUGGGUCUAAUUUAAAACUAAUAAAAAAUAAACAUAUGAAAUCACCUGAUGACAUUGUUUCCCUGGCUAUUGUUAUCGUACAGUUGUAUUAUUUUUUUUUUUUGCAAGUGCAGUUGAUGGCGUCACUUCUGUUUGUACGAUGCUGUCGAGGCAAAGUGCUGUUUAAGUAAAAUGUCAGUUCAAAUAGAAUCAAUUCCCAUGUAA